UUUGCCACGACAUCCCAAAGUCAAAGUCUAUCCAUGUGUUCUACAACUCACCGACUGAACGGCAAAAGUUAUGUUCUUCACAACUAUGCCCUCUAGCUUUUCCGAAGCAUCUCUAAACGGCCAAAUGAAAACAUGUUAAUAUUAGAAUGCUUUCGUCUGAAUACGGGAAAUCGAGGUAGAUGAUAGUAAAAGAAGAGAUUAGCGUGAAAACAGAGACUAAUACAAUGUCAUUCUGAAGGUAUGGAGCUAAAUAAUUACAUAGGACAUUUUUAUGUUUAAAAAACGUUAAAAAAAAAAGAAAAGGAAAAGUUUGGGAGAGUUUGAGGCAAAGUAUGGCGCGAGAGAAGAUUGGAGAAACCGAAGUGGUGAACGUGAAGAAACAGAGGAAAAAGACCAAGAAAGAGCACAAAACACGGACUGUUCAUUCUAACAUUUUAUAUGAUCGAACCAAAGGCGAGGACAACCCAAAUAGACACUAUUCAGACAACGAGAUUAAAACCACAAAAUAUACUCUUCUCUCUUUUCUGCCGAAAAAUCUGUUCGAGCAGUUCCAUAGGUUUGCCAACGUAUACUUCGUGUUCAUCGCCCUGCUGAAUUUUGUUCCAGUUUGUAAUGCUUUCCAACCACAGCUGGCCCUGGCACCAGUGGUCUUCAUCUUGUCUGUCACUGCCAUCAAAGACCUUUGGGAGGAUUACAGAAGACACAGAUCCGACAAAGAAAUCAACCACAUGGAUUGUUUGGUUUAUAGCAGGCCAGAGCACCAGUACAUGGAACGGUUCUGGAAGGAGGCGCGUGUCGGGGAUUUCAUUAGACUGCGCUGUAAUGAGAUCCUGCCUGCAGAUGUUCUACUGCUCAGUUCCAGCGACCCGGACCGCCUGGUCCACAUCGAGACUGCUACCCUGGAUGGAGAGACCAACCUCAAACAGAGACGGGUUGUCUGCAGUUUCCUAGACCUGGAUUGUGAUUUUGACCCGUCCAAAUACAACAGUGUCAUAGAAUGCGAGAAGCCUAACAAUGACCUGGCCAGGUUCCGUGGCUACAUUACCCAUCGCAGUGGAAGGAGAGAUGGCCUGUACAAAGACAACUUGCUGCUGAGGGGCUGUACCAUCCGCAAUACAGAGGAGUGUGUGGGGAUCGUCAUCUAUGCAGGUCAUGAGACUAAAGCCAUGCUGAACAACAAUGGCCCCCGCUACAAACGCAGUAAACUGGAGAAACAGAUGAACGUGGACGUGGGCUGGUGUGUCAUCAUCCUAUUGGUCAUGUGCCUGUUCUCUGCUAUCGGUCAUGGCUUGUGGAUGUAUCAGUACGGAGAUAAGAGACCCGUGUUUGAUGUCCUUAGUCCUGAAGGAGCCGAGCUGUCACCUGUCCUGUCUGCCAUCUAUCUCUUCCUCACCAUGAUCAUCGUCUUUCAGGUCCUGAUCCCCGUCUCGCUGUUCGUGUCCAUAGAGAUUGUGAAGAUCUGUCAGGUGUAUUUCAUCCAUCAGGACCAAGACCUGUACGAUGAGGAGACUGACUCUCAUCUGCAGUGUCGAGCUCUGAACAUCACCGAAGACCUUGGGCAGAUGCAGUACAUCUUCUCUGACAAGACCGGAACACUCACAGAGAACAAGAUGGUGUUCAGGAGAUGUACGGUGGCCGGGGUGGAGUAUAGUCAUGAUGCCAACGCGAGGCGUCUGGCCAUGUACCAGGACCUGGUGGACUCAGAGGAGGAGGACUGUACGUCCCACAGUGGCACCUUGCCCAGACGGGACAGCGUCACCAGCAACCAGAGUGCUGCCAAGGUGGUGCUGCGCUCCCAGAGCACCAAGUCCCACCGCAGGACUGGCAGCCGGGCCGAAGCCAAGAGGGCCAGCAUCCUGUCCAAACACACUGCAUUCAGCAGCCCCAUGGAGAAAGACAUCACCCCUGACCCUCAGCUCCUGGAGAAGGUCAACCACUGCAGCAGCCAGAUGACCUUCAAGAGGUUCCACAGCCAGUCCCUCUCUCAGCUGCCCUCUGACCUCACGGACAUCAUCGACUUCUUCAUCGCCCUCACCAUCUGUAACACAGUGGUGGUGUCAUCACCCAAUCAGCCACGGCAGAAGGUGCGGAUGAGGUUUGGGCUAAAGUCCCCAGUGAAGACUAUCGAGGACUUUAUCAAGCGCUUUACCUCCAGCCGUCUCACCUCCAACUCCAACAGCAGCAGCUCUUCCAGCCUCAACCGCUCCUCCCACCGCGAUUGUUCCAGUGUCCUCUCCUCCCCCUCCGCCGAGAGCACCCUGACUAAAUUAGAUGAGGAGCAUCACCUUGGAGGUCCGGUGGGUUUGGAACAUGCCUUCUCCCCCGUCCCUCCUCACACUACCGAGGGAGAGCCCGGGGCACUAGAGGAAGGAGAGCUCCGCUACGAGGCAGAGUCACCUGACGAGGCUGCCCUGGUGUAUGCGGCGCGUGCCUACAAGUGUUCUCUGGUUGGCCGGCUACCUGAUCAGGUGACGGUGGAGCUACCUGACCUGGGGAAGCUAAGCUUUGAGCUGCUCCACACUCUGGGGUUUGACUCCACCAGGAAGAGGAUGUCUGUGGUGGUGAGACACCCGCUAACAGAUCAGAUCACCGUCUACACUAAAGGAGCUGACUCUGUCAUCAUGGACCUCAUCACACUGCCAUCUACAGAUGAUUCCAAAGGGAAACGGCAAAGAAAGAUCCUAUACAAGACCCAGAAUUACCUGAACCUCUAUGCUGCUGAUGGUCUUCGUACUCUCUGCAUCGCAAAAAAGGUUAUGACUAAGGAGGAGUAUGCUGUCUGGUUGCGACAUCAUCUGGAGGCAGAGACGGCCAUACAGGGAAGAGAAGAGCUGCUGUUUCAGUCUGCUCUGAGACUGGAGAUUAACCUGCAUCUAUUAGGAGCAACGGGUGUAGAGGACCGUCUACAAGAUGGUGUCCCAGAGACCAUUGCGUCGCUGCGGAAGGCAGGGCUCCAGAUCUGGGUUCUGACGGGGGACAAACAGGAGACGGCCAUCAACAUCGCCUACGCUUGCAAGCUGCUGGAACCGGACGACGAGAUCAUCACCCUUAACGCUGACUCUCAGGAGGCGAUGGCAGUCCUUCUAGACGAGAGUCUACACUACAUCCAGGCUAAGUUCCUGUCCUCGGAUCCUUCCAGAUCCUUUCAAAAAGACUACGCUCCAGCCUACUCCUUCCCCCCUCCUCCUCCUCCCUCCCCCUCCUCCUCCUCCCAGACCCAGUCCUUCCUGGUGCACCGGCUGGGUUUGGUGAUUGACGGGCGGACGCUGGCCUACGCGCUGGACAGCAGCCUAGAUGAGAAGUUCCUGGCGGUGGCGAGGAGCUGUCGGUCAGUCCUCUGCUGUCGCUCCACACCGCUGCAGAAGAGUAUGGUGGUUAAACUGGUCCGGAACAAACUGAAGGUCAUGACACUGGCCAUAGGUGAUGGGGCUAAUGAUGUCAGCAUGAUUCAGGUGGCUGAUGUGGGCGUCGGCAUCUCAGGACAGGAGGGCAUGCAGGCUGUGAUGGCUAGCGACUUUGCCCUACCGCGUUUCCGGAACCUUCAGAAGCUCCUGCUGGUCCAUGGUCACUGGUGUUACUCCAGACUGGCCAACAUGAUACUGUACUUCUUCUACAAGAACGCUAUGUUCGUAGCGCUGAUCUUCUGGUACCAGUUCUACUGUGGUUUCUCUGGGUCAGCCAUGAUAGACCAGUGGUAUCUGAUCUUCUUCAACCUCAUGUUCUCUGCCUUCCCUCAACUCAUCACCGGGACGCUGGAUAAAGAUGUAUCCUCAGAGACCCUCCAAGAACUGCCUCAGCUCUACAUGAACGGACAGAACUCAGAGGAAUACAAGCCAUAUAUGUUCUGGAUGACCAUGAUAGAUGCCUUCUACCAAAGCCUGGUCUGCUUCUUUAUACCCUACUGUGCCUAUGCUGACUCUGAUGUGGACUUGUUGACCUGGGGAACCCCCAUCACCACCCUGGCUCUGUUUACUAUACUGAUACACCUGGGCUUGGAGACCAAGACCUGGACGUGGAUGAACUGGGUGUCCAUCACCUUCAGUGUGGGUCUGUUCUUUACUGUGGCUCUGUGUUACAAUGCUUCCUGUCCCACAUGCUACUCCCCCUCCAACCCUUACUGGACCAUGCAGAGACUUCUGGGGGAACCGCUCUUCUACCUGCUCUGUGUCAUCACUCCUGUAGCCGCCCUGCUGCCCAGAUUGCUGGUGUUCUACGCCAACGUGCUGGGAGGUGACCUCGAUACGAGCCACAACGAAGAGGAGGAGGAGGAGCCCCCGUCCAGCGAGCUCACCCUGCAGGAGCUCUUGGGGGAGGAGAGGAGGAACAAGAGCGGUCCCCGGGUCGAUCCUCUGGAGAAGGUGAGGAGAGACCACCACAAUGGAAAUUAA